AUAUAUUCAUUUUAUUUUUUAAUCAUGUUGUAUAAUAUUUGUAAAUAAAAAAGUUAAUUCUUUGUUAAGAAAUUAUCAUUUACUUGUGUUUUUCUGUUGGGGUUAGGUAAAAAGGAGUUGGAUGACUGAAGUGAUAAACGUGUGCUUGUGUGAGACUUUUUGUCCUGUUUAAAACAGAUGAGUCAUCAGCGGAUCGCAGGUACAAACUGAGCUGAGGAAUACAUGAUGCUGUCCAGCAAGAGCCAGACACGACAUAGUGAUCAUCUUCAUAUGCUCAGGGGUGUCAGGGUGGGAUGAGCUGCUGGCCUGCUGCAGCCAGGACUGACAUGUGACAUGAGAAAGUUGUUUGGAUGCCAGAGGAGCACAGCUGACUGUAAAUUAAUGUCUCUGUGGGUGGCAUGAAAAGGAGAGGGAGCCAAGCAGAUUAAAAACUCAGGACUGGAUGUUGCUGAAAACACUAAAUCUGAAGGCCCACUUUGUGUCCAUGUAAAGCGAGGUGAGGUUUAUAGCAAACAGCCUGGGGAUGAUUUACUGUAGAGUGACCUAUAUUUAACCCAUUAUGUAUUCAGAAUAUGAGCUGCCUUUGGCGUUUAGGCUGCACAACUGUUUGUGUGUGUGUGUGUGUGUGUGUGUGUGUGUGUGUUUUAUGCGUAAUGGGUCCACUCCUGCAUUCUCAUUGAGAAUCACAGGAAGGGCACCAUAGAGAUGGUGGAGGGGGGGAACACCUCUCCACCUCACAACGUCUCCAUCUCACGUUACCGAGCUGUAGUGAAGUGGCGGAGUCAGCACUGAGCCAACUGCGCCACUCAAGCCUGCCUUGUCAUCCAAAGGUGAUAAAACUCGCUCAGAUGCCCAUUAUGCUCCCACAUCAACCUUUUACAUCUCACUGAAUUUCCGUCGCGGGUGCGCACCAGCGUUGGGGUGGGUUCACAAUGGAUCUGGGCGGUGUGGCACAUCUAUGCCCGGUCGGUGGGUGUCGUGAGUGACGGCGGCAGCUGCGGAGCUGGAAGAAGAAUCUCCUCCUGGGACUUCGCGGUUGUGGAGCGCCUGAUCUGGAGGCAACGUGAGGAGCGCACAUACCUGAAAACGGGCGACAAGGAGACUCUCUCCUGCGCCCAACAGCUGCCGAGAGGCUGACCGGUUGGUCAGACAAAGCACCGGGGAAGAGGAAACCUGUUCUUCUUUCAGCCGGACCGAGAGGAAUCCUUAAAAGCCAAAAGGCUGUGGGUCCAUAGCAUGGGAGCGCUAUGUUGUCCAGAAAAGGACUCAUUCCCGAGGAUUACUUGCUGACACGUUUGGCUGAGGAUGUUCUGCAGCCAAAGUUUAAGGCCAAACCGGGGAAAGCUCGCUUCGUCGCCAAGAACGGCACCUGCAAUGUAGCGCACACCAACAUCCGAGAGCAGGGUCGAUUUUUGCAGGACGUCUUUACAACUCUCGUUGAUUUAAAAUGGCUCCACACGCUCAUUAUUUUCACCAUGUCUUUCCUGUGCAGCUGGCUUCUUUUCGGGAUGAUCUGGUGGCUCAUUGCCUUUGCGCACGGCGACUUGGACCAGAGAGGGGACGAUUUUGUCCCGUGCGUAACAGACAUUCACUCCUUCUCCUCCGCUUUCCUCUUCUCCAUAGAGGUCCAAGUUACCAUCGGAUUCGGAGGCCGGAUGAUCACGGAGGAGUGUGUCUCCGCCAUCAUCAUCCUGAUCGUGCAAAACAUCGUCGGCCUGGUCAUCAACGCCAUCAUGCUCGGCUGCAUCUUCAUGAAAACUGCGCAGGCCAAUCGACGCGCAGAGACGCUCAUUUUCAGCAAGCACGCUGUCAUCUCCGUCCGAAACAACAAGCUGUGCUUCAUGAUCCGCAUCGGGGACCUGAGGAAAAGCAUGAUCAUCAGCGCCACCGUGCGACUGCAGGUGGUCAGGAGAACCACCACCGAGGAGGGAGAGGUUGUGCCUCUGGACCAGAUCGACAUCCACAUGGAUAACCCGGUGGGCACCAAUGGUGUCUUCCUGGUGUCCCCCCUCAUCAUCUGUCACGUGAUCGACAAGGGCAGCCCUCUGUAUGAGCUUCCCGCCUUUGACCUGCAGCACCAGGACAUUGAGGUGAUUGCGGUGCUGGAGGGGGUGGUGGAGACCACGGGCAUCACCACGCAGGCCAGGACCUCGUACGUGUCGGAGGAGAUUCUGUGGGGUCAGCGCUUCGUGCCCACAGUGUCCGAGGAGGACGGCAUGUACGCGGUGGACUACUCCAAGUUCGGUAACACCAUGAAAGUGCCGACACCAUGCUGCAGCGCCAAGACGCUGGAUGAGGCAGGUGGCAUCGCUCGCUUUAAACUGAACGAGGGCGUCACCUUGCGGGCCACUGUGAGAAGGCGGCGCGGCUCCGCGGUGGUCCGUAGGUCCAGGAUGGAUGAUUAAAUAACUGAUGGUGUAAACUAGAAUUUUAUAUAAGAAUUAAUUAUUGACGUUUGAUGAUAGCUAAAUGAUAAAAUCAUAUUUAUUUUAUAAUUAAUAUAUGUGAUGGAGUACCUGUAUUCAGUACUCCACAUCACAUCUUUCUGUAGAUGUAUGCGCACUUCAACAAGCUUUUGACUCAGGGUCUGUAAGAAAAUGCACAAAAAGUAAGAAUGGUGAGUUCUGGUACCCAGAAUGGACAGAAAGUCCAGUUUGGAUGUGACAGAUCUUUUUUUUUUUUUUUUUUUAAAUAUUAAGUGUGAAUGCAUGUAUCUAAAAGCAAUAAAAGAGAAUGCUUCAUGUAAUGUGUAUUGUGAAUUGUGGAGAGGUCAACUUACAUGGUUUAAAAGCAGUUUCGGGGUUUAACUAGGCCCA